UCUCGGCGGGCGGCGGCGAUGGGGAAGGAGCAGGAGCUGCUGGAGGCCGCCCGCACCGGGAAUUUGCCUGCUGUGGAGAAGCUGCUGUCGGGAAAACGGCUCAGCUCCGGGUUUGGGGGCUCAGGAGGAGGAGGGGGAAGCGGCUUCGCUGGGGGAAGUGGCGGAGGAAGCGGCGGGAGCGGCGGUGUGGGGCACCCGCUGUCCAGUUUGCUCAGCAUCUGGAGAGGGCCAAAUGUGAACUGCGUGGACAGUACUGGAUACACUCCACUGCACCAUGCUGCUUUGAAUGGCCAUAAGGAUGUUGUGGAAGUUCUGCUGAGGAAUGACGCGCUAACCAACGUAGCGGACUGUAAAGGCUGUUACCCCCUUCACCUGGCAGCUUGGAAAGGCGAUGCAGACAUAGUGAAGCUCCUCAUCCACCAGGGACCUUCGCAUACUAAAGUGAAUGAGCAGAAUGCUCUUGAGAUCAAAGAACUCAAAAAGUACGGCCCCUUUGACCCAUAUAUCAAUGCCAAGAACAAUGACAAUGAGACGGCGCUGCACUGUGCUGCGCAGUAUGGCCACACGGAGGUGGUGAAGGUCCUUCUGGAGGAGCUGACCGACCCCACCAUGCGCAAUAACAAGUUUGAGACUCCGCUGGACCUGGCCGCACUCUACGGGAGGCUGGAAGUUGUGAAGAUGCUCUUGAACGCUCAUCCCAAUCUUUUAAGCUGCAACACUAAGAAACACACUCCCCUGCACUUGGCGGCUAGGAACGGCCACAAAACUGUAGUCCAUGUCCUCCUGGAUGCUGGCAUGGAUAGCAACUAUCAGACUGAAAAAGGCAGUGCUUUGCACGAAGCUGCUUUGUUUGGCAAGACAGAUGUGGUACAAAUAUUGCUGGCUGCAGGUAUUGAUGUGAACAUAAAGGAUAACAGAGGUCUCACAGCUCUGGAUAUCGUGAGGGAGCUCCCUUCUCAGAAGAGCCAACACAUCGCAGCUCUCAUCGAAGAUUACACCAUCGGGAAGAAAAGUGCCAAAGCUGCAGAGAAGACUGCUCAAGCGCCGCUCCUUCCAGCCACUGAUCCUGUGUGCCGGAUAUCUCAGGGUGAUGUGGAGAAAGCAGUGACGGAACUGUUCAUAGAUUUUGAUGUGAACCCAGAAGAGGAGAGCCCAUAUGAAGCUUUGUACAAUGCAACAUCUUGCCACUCCCUGGACAGCCUUGCCAGUGGGAGAUCUUCGGAUCGAGAGUCUAUGAAUAAGGAAGCAGAAUCGGCUGGUCUCAAAGCAGCAGGAGUCAGGCCUAGGGAACGUCCACCGCCGCCUGCCAAGCCUCCACCUGAUGAAGAGGAGGAUCAGCAUACGGAGAAGAAGAUCAGCCAUGGUGCUGCUUCUGAGGCCUCUGGUGCACGAGGAAAGAGCAGGGGAAGUGGAGCUGAGGAAGAGGAACACCCUUACGAGUUGUUGCUGACAGCAGAAACUAAAAAGCCAGUUGCGGUGGACAGGAAAACAAAAGACCACAGGAGGAGCAGUGGCAGCCGCAGCCAGGACUCUGCCGACGGCCAGGACAUCCAGGUUCCAGAGCAGUUUUCAGGGUUACUUCAUGGUUCUUCCCCGAUCUGUGAGAUAAGUGAGGACCCUUUCAGACUCGUUUCCUCCACGGAGAAGGGAGGCACGGAAGCUCCAAGCCACCCACCUGCUAUGCAGCUGGAGGAUGCUGACUUACCUGCCUCUGGAUCAGUACGGACCAGCUCUCCGGACCAAAACCAGCAAGUGGUCUACGCAACUGUCCAGCACACACACGUCAACCGGGCGGAUCCUGAAACUGUAGUCACGCCCCACGUGCUCCAGCACCCCGGCGGUGCUGAGGAAGAGGGGGACAGAGCUGUGGGCAGAGCCCACCCGGUGAACAAACCCAAAGCCGAGCUUAAACUCAGCCGCAGCUUAUCCAAAUCGGACUCUGAUCUUCUGACCUGCUCUCCAACAGAGGACGAUGCCAUGGGGAGCCGGAGCGAAUCGCUCUCCAACUGUAGCACGGGGAAGAAGAGGCUGGAGAAGUCCCCGUCCUUUGCUUCAGAGUGGGAUGAGAUUGAGAAAAUCAUGAGUUCCAUUGGCGAAGGCAUUGACUUCUCACAGGAGCAGCAGAGGAUCUCAGGUUCGCGGAUGCUGGAGCAGAGCGUCGGGGAGUGGCUGGAGUCCAUCGGCCUGCAGCAAUAUGAGAGUAAGCUGCUUUUGAACGGCUUUGAUGAUGUCCGCUUCCUGGGCUGUAAUGUCAUGGAAGACCAGGACCUUCGGGACAUUGGGAUCGGUGACCCGCAGCACCGUCGGAAGCUCCUCCAGGCAGCUCGCUCCCUCCCGAAGUUGAAACCCCUGGGCUGCGAUGGCAACAGCCAGCCUUCGGUUCCCGCAUGGCUCGACUCUUUGGGGCUGCAGGAUUACAUUCAGUCCUUCCUCUCGAGCGGCUACAGCUCUAUUGACACUGUGAAAAACCUCUGGGAGCUUGAAAUAGUGAACGUGUUGAAAGUGAAUCUGCUCGGCCAUCGGAAGAGGAUCAUUGCCUCCCUGGCAGACAGACCCUACGAGGAGCCACCGGCGAAGCCGCCACGGUUCUCACAGCUGAGAUGCCAGGACUUGAUGUCUCAGACAUCGUCGCCCCUGAGCCAGAAUGACUCCUGCACGGGCAGAUCCGCCGAUCUCCUGCUGCCAUCUGGGGACACGGGGAAGAGGCAACACGACCGUGGCACCGAGGUUACUCCGUAUUCCAGAGUUGAGCGCUACAAAGCACAGGAGGACCGUCGGGAGUCAAAGCUGACCCUGCGCCCCCCCAGCCUGGCUGCCCCGUACGCCCCUGUCCAAAACUGGCAGCACCAGCCGGAGAAGCUCAUCUUCGAGUCCUGCGGGUACGAGGCCAACUACUUGGGCUCCAUGUUGAUCAAAGACCUCCGAGGGACAGAGUCUACGCAGGAUGCCUGUGCCAAGAUGAGGAAAUCUACAGAGCAUAUGAAGAAGAUCCCGACCAUAAUCCUGUCCAUCACGUAUAAGGGGGUGAAGUUCAUCGAUGCCUCUAACAAGAAUGUCAUUGCUGAACAUGAGAUCCGGAACAUCUCCUGCGCUGCUCAGGACCCCGAGGAUCUUUGCACGUUUGCCUACAUCACCAAGGACCUGCAGACCAGCCACCACUACUGCCAUGUCUUCAGCACCGUGGAUGUGAACUUGACGUACGAGAUCAUCCUCACGUUGGGGCAGGCGUUCGAGGUCGCCUACCAGCUGGCCCUUCAAGCCCAGAGAGCGAAAUCUUUGGGUGCUGCAGCAGGAGAAACAAUUGAAACAAAAUCUUCCAAACCGGUGCCUAAACCACGAGCUGGCGUGAGGAAAUCCGCAGUGCCGCACCCUCCCGACACUCGCUGUUGUUACUGUCAAACCUGUACAACACACCGCCCCUCCUACCUGCCGCUGCAGUCUGUUAGUCCUGGAACUAAGGUCUUUACCCUUCUUCCUGCCAUCUUCCAUUCCGAACCGACCCGGGCUGCCUGCCUCCCCGCUUCCCACGUCUCCCGCUGUGGUCUCGUGUCCUGCCUCGCUGCUGUCUUCCCUCCCCGCUCAUUCCAUGGGCUCAGAUGAACCGCAGGGACGAACUGCUCGUAUCCAUCCCUGCUGAUGUAGAGUGGCAGUUCUCAACUCACUGCGUUGCUCGUUCUGGUGUUGUUAACCUUCCUGUAGGAUCCUGAUUUAGGAGGACAAGAUGAAAGAGCCAUGCUUGGUCAGGAGAGUAAAUCACGUGGGAGCUCACCUGCCUGGAGCUGCCUCCCUCUCUCCCCCUCUUCCUCUUUUUUUAGUGCCAUCUUUAUAGCGCUCAAUUCUUCACGCUUGUUUGUGAGAUGAAGUGGAGCUGUCGCUCACGGUAAUCGGGGCUUGCAAGCCUGAUACAGGAGGUCAUCUCAGGGUGCUGGGUUGAGACUGAGGUGGCUUCAGCUUGGAAGGACUCAAAUGCCUCCCCAGUGGGAGCUGCUUCCCCCCACAUCUGCACAUUUUUGGGAUGGGCAUUAGGCAGAGCAUCAGCCUCUCUGUUGUUUGUAUCGCCACUCGUUCUGUCCCAGAAGCUCGGGUGACCUAACGUGCUUUUUCUCUCCUUAUUCUCCAGCUGGACCCUCCUGAAGCGGACCAAGACUCCCAGUCUCAUGCCAGUGUCUCCUGGGUCGUGGACCCCAAACAGGACUCCAAGCGGACCCUCAGCACUAAGUAUGAGACCACUAUCUUCUAAAGCAAACACACCCCGUGUCACCGUGUCUAACCGUGCCUUUGCGAUCUGAUCUGUCUGCUCUUCUAAACUCCUUCUUCCUCCAGCUGCUCGCGCUGAGCCCCGCGUAGGCCCUACGGCAAAGGCAGCAGCGCUUAGGAGACUGUAGACUUAAACGGCUUUUGUACCUGAUCACUACUGAACACUGUGAAUUCUCCUUACUCGGAAACAGGGGUAACACGCUGUUAGAUACGUGGGAGGUGGGAGGUGCAGAGGGAUGCAGGCUGGGGGAAUCGGAGAUGUGGAUCCAGGAAGCCGCCUGCCGUUUUCACGUCUUUCCCCUCGCUCUGGCACUGUGAAUCCCUGGGGCAACGUGACACUCCCCAGGCCUUUUCUUUUUUUUUUCCCUAUUUCACCUUCUUAUCCUUGGACUGAUGGAGACCUCUUGUCUCUGCGGUGCACGCACUCCCUCCUCGAUCCUCCUCUUCCCAACUGAGCCACGGCUGCGUACUGUUCCAGUGAACUCACCCCUCUUCUUACCUGCCGUUCGAAUCGACACUAACCACUGUGAUGCUGUCUGCAAAUAACACACCUUCACUUAGAUUCCUUCCCGGGAACCCUGCCCACAGCCUCUCCCCUCAAAGCCUGGAGCAGAAAACCUGCUCUGACGGGAGCGCUGGUUGGGACGGGGGUGAUCGUUCCCACUGUGAGCUCUGUCCCCUCUCGGAGGUGCAGUUUUGGUUGCAUGCAGUUCAUUUCUUGUAGAGUUUUGCCCUCCCCAUAGUUUACACUCACCAAACUCCUCGUGAGUUACGGGCGUUGCUCUCGCUUGGCAGAUUUUAAAGAGGUUAAGCUUUUAAAGGCACGUAUCCUUAGCCACAGGGUGGGAAAGGAAGGUGUGUGAGAGGGGCUGGAUUCCGUGCCGUUGGAGCUCUGCUGCGCACGGCUUACUGCAGUUGUUCUUGGUUUGCUGAAGGGAGAAAAGUGAUUGAAAUCAGUCUACUGCCAAUCCCAAAGCUCGUUUGCAGCUAUAAACCAUUGCCCGAUGAGGGCUAUAAGGAUCUUGAAACAUCAGUCACCUUCCAGCCUUGGGAAUGAGAAUUCCGCUUAGAAGUGGCCCCAUAGUGGCCUUUUUUGGCUGUUUCUCAAGGAAAACAUUGCCAUUUCUGUGUAUCUCAGCAGAAGGAGCUUUCAAUUCCAGCAUGUGACUGAGAAUCAUCAGCAUGAGAUGGCAGCGUAGCCGGCACAGGGCAGAGCAGAGCUGGAACAGGUCUGGGAAUGCCUUUCACGACCCUGUGAAAGUCCCAGUGAACCACCCACGUCCCCAUCUGAUUUCUUUCCUUGUGUUUGCAGCGCUCACUGAGAUGAAGCUGAGGAGGAUCCCAUGAAUAACAGCUCUGGGGGGCAGGACUCCUGCUCCCAGGGCUGCUUCCCCCUGACUUGCUGUGUAUCCGUGCGAUUUCCCCUCUCUUCACCUCGGUUUCCCUAUGUACAGAAUGGGAAUGUGAGUGUCUGAACUCACUGUGGGUUUCACAUCUUGGCAAAAUUCCAUUUUGGGGGGGGCAACUACCCGCUCGCCUCCGUGUGAUGAGUCUGAGUGGGCAUCUUGGGCACAAAUGGAGGAGAGGGUGCACCCAGAUCUCCAGGAAAGCUCCAUUUCCAAAAUAGCUUUUAGCAUUUACCCCAAAUUUCCCUUUGCGAUCACCAGUUGGCGGAGCGGUCAGUGGCCCUGAGUUAUUUGCACCUGAUAUUUAGGGCGCAGAAGCAGCUUGUUUGAGUUUUCCUGGGGCUGUAAAGCCAUCACCUCGAAGCUUCUGCUCCCCCAGCUUUGCUGUGAAAUCUGAUGUUUCAAAAUCUUUAUUUAGCUCUUUCUUGGGAAUGGGUUUGAUCUCCCAAAUGAUUUGUGGCUCAAUGGCACUGAGCGGCAAACUGACUUCAAACUAAGGGCUAGGCUGGUAAGAACCCAAACGAGAGGACUAAAAGGAUUGUCUUAAAGCAAAUACCCAAAGGAAAGCUCAGUUUAGGACAUGUAUUUCCAAUGCCAUGGAGCCAGCGCUCCUCAGCCCAAAGCCCCCCGAGGCAGAGGCUGUGCUGUAGUGCCGUCCGGAGCGUUGCGGCCAGCAGGAUAUUGCUGUGCCUGAGGUGCUCGGAGAGGCUGGAGGUGGGUUCCAUCAACGUCUUUCCAAGCUGAGUGCCCUGAGGGUUUCUAUAUCUUGCAAAGAGGAACUGAAUUAAAAGUGGUGAUGGAACAGUUUCUAUGAGGAAGCGUUUACCCACAUGUACGCCUGAUUUCAGAGGGUCUGAGCUCUUGCAUCUCCCUCUGCCUCCAGCUGGGAAGGGCAGGUUCCUCAGCACAAAACCGGGUCCCUCGAGCACGUGCCUUUCCAAGAGUGCCCGUCCAAACCCAGCUGCGUCGCAGGCAGCCCUGCCUGAACUUACAGAGCUUCCGCUGUGUCCGUAACCCUCACGGUUGUGUCCUAUCUCCUGGCCGUACGCCUCGUCUUUCCCAGCACUUGUUUCUGUAUGACUCGGAAAUCAUUCAUUCCAUUAUCUUCCUUUCUGUUUGCCUCUGAAAAGCUGAUCUCCGGGCAGCUGUCUCCUACCACGGAAAUGUAGUAACGGGGCAGAGACCUAAGAAGCAGUGGCCUGCUGACACGAAGAUCAUCUCCAUCUGACCCGAGGGUCUGCAAGGCUGCUCAGUGAGGGCUCCCAAAGCAGAGGGGGGAGAGGGAUCCCAACCACCAGCUGGGAAAAGCAGCUCUCUCCAUUUCUAGCAAAGGAAAGCUGCGACUUCCGAGGCCGAGAGCGAUGUCACCUUUUCUAGCGUGAGCCAAACGUCUUUCGACCCGUUUCUUUUCUUUCUUUUUUUUUUUGUUUUUAACGUGCGAACUGAUACAGAGCAAAUCCGGUUCACGGUUGAAGUGUAGCACUGCAGGUUUUUUGGUGAGGAAAAAUAUAUAGAACCUUAUUUACUGAGAAUCCACGCAGUCCGGCAAGGAGUACAGUAGAAAGUCUUAGCGGUGGGAGUGGUGUGCGCAACUCUAACGGUACUUAAACUCGCUUCGAUUCUGGGUGAACGGUAGAGAACGCCAAAUUCUUGGAAAUAACUUCCUCCAGGGUAAGUCCGCGUCCUUUUAUUUCCAAAGCUACCCCGUGCUUUUAUAGCAAGUGGAAAUAACUUAAAGAAAGGAGUCUGCAAAGGAUCUUUCACCCCAGAGUGGUUGUGGCCGAGCAUUACCGAUGGUACAAAGCUUGCUUCCCUACAGAGAACUGUUGCAAUACUUGACAUUUCUAUGGCAAGGACACAAUUUCUCCCCAUUUACGCACUGAAAACCUGGAGACGACUCCCUUCUCCAGCCUCUUGUGCACCUGUCUUGUUUUUAAAUGCAGUUCUGCCCUGAAGGGUUGGGUUGUUUUGUUUUGUUUUGGGUUUUUUUUUUAAGUAUAUUCAAUUGUGAUUUAGCACUUUUUUGAUACUAGCUCAUUAUUUAAUUAGGGCGACAGUUUCAGAAGGUGAACAAAUAAGGAGUUAAAUUGUGGGCAUUACGCAGAAACAGUCCAUACCUGGGGAUAAUUAAAUCAACCCGAGGAUGGCUUGGCCCCCGUUUAAGUCUGGUAUCCCCAGAUGCCACCAUCUCAAAGGUGCUGUGUGCUUUUCUUUCACAUUACCGGAGUAUUUAACAGUAGUUUUGGCUGUGACUGAUGUGUUUUCACAGUACCGUGUUCCCCUCGAGGGAGAGAUGGUUAAAAAAGGUUGUGAUUUUCGUUCUUCAGACGCAAAAAAAACCUGUAGCGCAGCACGUUCGUUCGAAUCUCAACAGGCAUCGGAACGUCGGGGCUGUGCUACCCUGCUGCUUUACCAGAACGAUAUGCCCGAAUAAUUCCUAUUUUAACUCCAGUUGCUGCUGUAUGUCAGGAUUUCAUUUAAUCUCCCCAGCCAGCCAGGCUGGGCGAGAAGUGAACCGUAAUCCCGAGGGCGUAGACCCGUAAAUGAUUAGGAGGGGGAAGCGGAGAUGUUUUUUUUCUUUAUAUUGAGUUUGAUGAAUUUAGGAAACCUAACAUUCCUUGUUAUGCAUAUGUUGCAAUUCAUACUGGUGUUAAGUGUAAAUAUUUGGUGUGUUGGCAACAAAUCUGUUUCGGAGAGAUUGCAAAUUGAACCUCUGCUUGGGAGGAGGGACACCUUUCCGUAUUCCAUGCACGAGCUUUUAGAAGGUUGGCUUGGAGGUGUCGUGGUGAUGAAGACUCCAAUCUUAAGGGAGCUGGUGACCCCGGUGGUCCUUCCCAGUCCCAUGUGUAAUCCUAUGGUUGUCUUUAGUGAUCCAACAGUUCUUUAGCCAGAUACUCUCGUUCUCAUUUCAUAGGCAAAGCAAUUGUUUUGGCAGUGCAUCUCCCCUUUUAUUUCGAUGGGUUUUUCUCAAGGUACUUGCGUGCUGGAGCCUAACCCUGGACCACACCAGUCACUGCCUCCCAGUAAUCUCUUAACCCAUCCAUCGCACGCAUCCUGGCUCUUCCUCCAGGCAGGGUUUCCUGGUGUCUGGAGGAAAACUCCCUAAAUUUCUGGUGCUGAAUCUUAACUUUGACUCAAAACGCAUCGGUGGUUUUACCUGCCUGGGGAUCCUUGCUGCCCUUUUUAAGGCCAAGUUGUGUUUUACGGACUUCAGUUUGUGCAUGGCAUGAGUCCAGGCUGAGAACUCUCGACAGGUAAACCAAGAUGUACAGUCGUCGUCUUUUUUUUUAUAUAUAGGAAGGGAUGAUUUUUAUUUUUAUUUUUUUCAAAUCGAAGCUGCUUCAUCCUUGUUAAUUUUGUAUUUACAAAAGAAAAAGCAAAAAAAAAAAAAAGCUAAUUGUAGCUGUCUUUGAACUCGCUUGGGAUUGUUCUUUUCGGAGGAAAUCACACAAUUCUUGCAGGGUAUGUGCCUGUCCCCCUCCCGGGGAGGAGAUAGAGCACCUCCCAGCGUGGACCUCUGGGGAUAAGUCUGUCCCUCCACGAGGCUGCAGAGCCACAGACCAAAUGCCAAAUAGUCCCUCCCAAAACGUCCAGUUCUGUGCGCAGCUCAAGUGGAGCCGAUUGCUUUAAUGCUCCUUCCGCCUCGCUUCGGGAGUUUCUGGCAGCAGGAUUUUCCCCCGACUUGCUUCUGCUCGCAUCGUUUCCACGCAAUCCCAUCUUUAUUUUAGAGCAAACGUGGUGUUUGCAGCACUGUCGUGUUGCAAAACGUGUCCCUUUUAGGUCUCAUCUUUUUUUUAGGUUGGUUUUUUUUCCCCAAAAGAAGGUAACUAUGCUGCUCUUGCAAAGUCGAUCUAGCUCAACCAUUUUUCUUAUCCAUGGAAGAAUAACCUGAGAUUCCCUAACAGGGCAGAGAACAGUCGAGUUCAGUUUGCAACGUAGACAUUUUUGCUAAUUGUGAUGUAUGGCAGUGGGACUGAUUUGUAAUACAAAUGUUAUUUAAUCUGUCUGUAUUUUGAUACUUGAAUUUCCUUUUAUUUCCUGUAUAUACAAUUGUUAAUCUGUUCGAAUUUGUCUGAAUUUUAAACAUCUUGUGGUACCAAACGUAACCAAUCUGUGCAACAACAUAGACUGACCUCACUACAACAAGGCGAGAUUGUAAAUAUUCCUGGGCUUCCAGCAGUCGUUUUGUUGUUUUCAUAAUUGUACAACUUAGAACAGACUGAAUUAAUAAACAGACUUAGACACACC